AUGACCUCGAAAAGGCCGCAAUGCUGGGAGUGUCAACGCCGCGAUUCGCCGUGCGACGGCAGGAUUCCGAUCUGCGGCAACUGCAGCGACGCCGGCAUGGUCUGUCCUGGCUACAACAACAACAGGCCGCUCACGUGGCUGCCAACGGGCAAGGUAUCGCGGCUUCAAAAAGUCAAGAGCCGAAGCGCGGCGCCGGCCAGACGCUUCAAGCAGAGCCCGGCCGCGACAAGAGCAUCGUCGUCGACGCCGGACCGGGGCGCUUCGGUAGCGAGCACGCCGCCGAGACCGCGGAGGAGAAAGGACAGCACUAACAACAGUAUCAACGGCAAUAGAUCCAAUAGCACCAACGGAACCAACGGCGCCAGCAGUAGCAGCGGCAGCGAUCGGAGCAGCGAUGCCGGCACCAUCUCGGAGGCGUCCCCCGGCGACUCGACCUCGGGCUUGGUUGCAAUCAUCAAGAAGACGAUUAUUCGCAGUGAUGAUGGCCAUCAUGAGGACCAUAAUAGGGAACGCUCGCUCAGCAGAAAGGACUCGGAGCUUCAGCUCGUCGCCAAUAGGACGCAAUUCGGCUCUGCCAACAGCGCCAGGCAAAUCCAUAUGGCGCCCAUCCCGCCAGACCUGAGGCCAGAGCAGUGGGAUUUCGUAGAUGCGAUCCAAUAUUAUAACAACCUGCUGCUGCCAAAGAUGCGUGCAAGGCAGAUUGUGCAGAAUCCCGCUUGGGGAGGCGAGCUCAGUAAUGAAGCUCUACAAACUCUCACAGACGCAAACCGUCACUGCAUUCUUGCGAUAGCUGUUGGUUACCGCAUCAUGUGUGUGUCCAUCAUCCACGGCCUGGAUCUGGAGCCAUCGACUUCAGGCCCAGCGUCCCAUUUAUGGCAGGAGUUCUACCGCCAUAUUGGCAACUCUAUCAGGUCCCUCAACGAUGAGAUUCAACACAGCUACCCCGGAAACGUCUUUAACAUAUUCUCUAGCAUGGCCCACCUGAUGAGUGCAGAGGUUCUCGUCUCUAAUUCAUUGUCGUGGCGCCUCCAUGCAGAUGGCUACCUUAUGCUGAUCAAACACUGCGGCGGUCUGAGGAAGCUGAUGGACUCUUCCACAACCCCAUUGUUGAUGCAGAGCUUCGUCAUUGGCAUCACUGUCUUCAACACUACCAGCCCUAGCCACUCACAGAUGGUCGAUGCCUGCAAUUUUGACGUCGACGAUGUCAUGGCCCUGUACGAAAUCGGCAGCACCCCGUUGUUCUACUGCCCUGCGCCUUUAUUUAGAGAAAUCUUUCUCAUCAACCGCCUCCGGCUUGAGGCUGCAGUCUCUGACAGCUCUGCCGAGCCUAGUCUCUGCCAUCUACUGGAAAGGAUCGACCUAUAUUCCGUUCCACUUAUGGACCAAUCCUUGGACGAGACGAAAGCCAACGCUCUCCUCUUCAUCUCGCUCCUUUUUAAAUCAUCGGUAGCCGUCUUUGCCGCCUUGACGCUUCCUUGUACCUCUCAAUGCUCACCGUCCAGACCUUGCGCAGAGCUGCAAAAGAUUCACCGAGCCAACCUUUUCCAUCUUCUCGACACCACAGCUGAAUUCCUACCGCUGCUUGACCACAUCCUAUGGCCCGUGGUAGUGGCCGGUACUGCAGCGGCGACAGGAACCGUCGAAAACCAGAUGUUGGUGGAGAUGUACCUGCUGAAUGGUGUUCGAGACCCCUUUACGGGAGGGUGUACCGGCGCUGCGUUGGCGACGAUGAGGAGGUUUUGGACCUCGGGGAAGACGGAGUGGGAUGAGUGCUUUGAUCAGCCCCACGCAUGGAUGAUAUAA